UCGGCAGAUUUGUCCAGCUGCACUGUAUUGUGAAUGUAUUUCCAGUUACUACCACUGGAUUCCAGUUGCACCCUUAGGUUUUCCUUGUAUGACACUCAGAUCAUAUACUGAACUUUUUCAAGUUCCAGGUCUCCUAUUUUAAAGCAAAUGUGAUGAUAGAAGAGAAUUUUCAAAUAGACUCCAUUACAUUACAUUACUCUAACCUUUGAGGAUACUUGAUGACAUUUUUUAACUCAUUACUGUCACAGAUCCCAGUUCCUGGAGGAUGUUCGGAGAGUGAUGGGUAUUCCCGAGUGGCUACUCACUGUCGACACUCGCCGCACCAAGAUACUACAUGGAGGGUCUUGUACUCAGCUGCUUGUUCACUUCAAAGGACCAGAAGCCAACAAAUUAGAGCAGGACUUCAGCCGACUCUUAUCAACAGGCAGACUGGAAUCUCCAAGCCUCUAUAUCCCAGGAUACUUGUACCCCUCUAAUCGCAAAAGUCGCCUUUCCUACAAACUGUGUGGAGCGGACAAUGAAAAAGAAGGAGUCAAACUUCUGUAUGGGGGGCAGCAGUUUUGGCAGCAGGUUCAACAGUGCCAGUAA